CUUGGGUGCAGCACAUUAUCUCGGUGCUGUCUGAUUUAUAGACUUAUUAACAUUAUAAAUACCUUCCCUUAAACAGCAACCAAUUGAUUGGUUUGACAGGUGUGAACUGUCUGAGGAAAUGUAAAGGUAUUCAUUAUAGAAGGUGAUCCUCACCACAGCCGAAACCAACCUCCUGGACAUACCAGGUAAAAAGUGGACUAACUUUGUGAAUACAAAAUCGAUCUAGGAAUGUGAACCAUAGCAUAGCAGUGAACCAUAUCAGUGAACUAUAUAAGGACCAAGAAGUGAACGGGGUGUAGCAUAACUUGAACCAGAUGUUGUGAGGAUAUAAACCUGUAGGAGAUGAUAUGAGUGAUACCCAUUGAGAUACAGAAACAUUUAACUAGUAGAAAUUAGCCCAGGGACCUGUCACCACACUGUGGGUGUUGACUGGGAGACACUAUAUAUUAUACCCUAAACUGUUAUUACUUUGUCCAGCGCAUGGAGCAUAUCAAUAUAUAGUGUUAGCAGCCAGAUCCUACACACAAGCUUUACCAUGCAGAGAAGCAGACUGUUAUUCUACUUGUUAUGUGGAUAUUUUGUUUUAUCAUAUGGGAUUCCUCACCAUCGUCACAAACAUGGUAUUGGGGAGGACAAUGUACAAACUGGUUCUCGUUGUCAGGACAGUUUUGACAGCCAUUUAGAACAGUGCUUGAAUCCAUUCUCCAGGAAGGCCCAUAUUUACACCACCACGCACCCUCAAAAUGCUAUAGUGAAGGAAAUCUUUGUUAAAUAUGUCUGCAGACGAUAUAAGAAGAUGUUACACUGUAUCCACCAAGUGCUAACUAACUGCGAGACACUGACAAACACGGAGAUUGUCCAGCAAAAACUCGACGAAAGACAAUGGAUAGUCCACGUGAACAAAAUGUGUAAUAUCCAAUCAGAUCCCUCAACACGGAAACAUUCAAGUGACACAAAGGGACUUAACUCUAGACAUAAAGUGAUACCACCCAUCACAUCUCUACAACCGUUAUCCGACCGGGUUUACCAGCCUGUGACUCAAUCAGAAAUAGAAUAUUACAACAUGAAGAGUCAUGAUGCUGCUGAAAACAUACAAAACAGCCAUGGUAAAAAUAGCCAUAUGCAUGAAAACAUUCCAUAUACCAUUCCAAAGCAUGACAAAGGACAAUUUCAAAAAUCCGACACCAAGUUGGUGCAGCCUUAUCUCCUGACCAGUGUGUCCAGUGAACACCUACCUAGACUUGUUACAUAUAUAACAUAUAAUAUGUUUCUAAACAGACAAGAAGAUUCUCAAGUGUCAGCAGAUAAACUCAAAUUAAUGUCCAUGGACACCAGUAGGUUGGAUUCUACUGCAAAAGAAGGACAAAUGCCAGUGAUGGUACAGCUAUUGUACAUCGACGGUGAAACACUAAGGACAUCAAAACAAUUUUCCUCGCUGAAUAACAGUUUAAGUGGAAGCUCUUCACUACUGAUCAGUGACGCUGUUAUUGUUGUGUGCCUUAUUUUAACUGUGAUAUCUACACACCAGACACAUUAACCUCACUAACUCAUUACAACAGAUUAACCUCACUAACUCAUCACAACAGAUUAACCUCACCAACUCAUCACAACAGAUUAACCUCACCAACUCAUCACAACAGAUUAACCUCACCAACUCAUCACAACAGAUUAACCUCACUAACUCAUC